UCCUGUCUAUUACCCGUAGCCACGCCUUCCAGUAAUGCAGCACGGGGAGAGAGAACGGAACAAAAUGAAGGACUGCGCGGUAACCGAGGCACCUCAGUAGAGAACUAGAUCGCAGGCUGCAGACAGUCACGCACGGUGAUGCGCGAUGCCCAUAGUGGACAAACUGAAGGAGGCCCUGAAGCCGGGCCGCAAGGACUCUGCCGACGAGGGAGACCUGAACAAGCUGCUCUCCUCCUCAGCCAAGAAGGUGCUGCUGCAGAAGAUCGAGUUCGAGCCAGCUUCUAAAGGCUUCAGCUACCAGCUGGAGUCGCUCAAGACCAAGUAUGUGAUUCUGAACCCUAAAACCGAUGGCGGCGUGCAGAGAUCGGCCGAGCCCAUGCCAAUCAAGAGGCAAGGCUCUGAAAGCCUCAGUGGAGGUCAAGGUGAUGGCAUCCCAGCACCUCAGAAACUGCUCUUUCCAGGGAACAAACUCUCCAUGAAAUGGGAACGAGUGUACCGGGUAGGAGCGGGCCUCCACAACCUGGGCAACACAUGCUUUCUGAACUCCACCGUGCAGUGUCUCACAUACACACCACCACUCGCCAACUACCUGCUGUCCAAAGAACACAGCCGCUCCUGUCACCAGACAGGUUUCUGCAUGAUCUGCAUCAUGCAGAAUCAUAUCAUCCAAGCCUUCGCCAACACCGGCAACGCCAUCAAGCCUGUAUCAUUUAUCCGUGACUUGAAAAAAAUUGCUCGUCACUUCCGGUUUGGCAGCCAGGAGGACGCCCAUGAGUUUUUGCGCUACACCAUCGAUGCCAUGCAGAAAGCCUGCCUUAACGGUUACCCAAAGUUGGACAGGCAGACGCAGGCCACCACACUGGUUCACCAGAUCUUUGGGGGUUACCUGAGGUCAAGAGUGAAGUGUUCCAUUUGUAAAAGUGUAUCAGACACCUAUGACCCUUACCUGGACAUAGCUGUUGAGAUUCGGCAAGCAGCCAAUAUCGUUCGUGCGCUGGAGCUGUUUGUGAAGCCGGAUGUUUUGAGUGGUGAGAACGCCUACAUGUGUGCCAAGUGUAAGAAGAAAGUGCCGGCAACAAAACGGUUCACGGUUCAUCGGACAUCAAAUGUACUCACGCUUUCCCUCAAGCGAUUCGCCAACUUCAGCGGAGGAAAGAUUACCAAGGAUGUCGGUUACCCAGAGUUCCUGAACAUUCGUCCAUACAUGUCUCAAAACUCAGGAGACCCUGUGAUGUAUGGCCUUUAUGCAGUCCUGGUGCACUCUGGGUACAGCUGUCAUGCUGGUCACUAUUAUUGUUAUGUAAAGGCCAGCAACGGGCAGUGGUACCAGAUGAACGAUUCAAUGGUACAUUCCAGUAACAUCAAGGUUGUGCUUAAUCAGCAGGCUUACGUCCUCUUUUACUUGAGGAUUCCUGAAAAGAAGAACACAGACAGUUUAAGUUUAAAGCAGAACUUGCUGCAUUCUGGAAGGAGUAACAUGACCCCUGAGCAGCUGAAGAAAAUCCCACUCAAUGGGCCUUUGUCCUCUCCACAGAUCACCAAGAAGGUGGACACCGCUCAGCUGAGGAAGAUCCAGUCUGUGGACGGAGGACUGGGUAUCCCAGUCUCCCGAAACGGCUCGGGCAUCCAGUCACCCAAACUGGCUAACGGUACACCAAGAGUCCCAGGUGGCCCAUCGCUCAUUGAAGAGCCCAUCAAGAAGCUGAAAAAGCCUCCUGCUCAGCCACAAAGCCGCACUAACCUUUCUCCUCCGUCCAAUGGGGUCACCAAGUCUGACCAGGAAAAAGGGAGCAGCGGCGAGGGGCGGAGCCUGGCAGUGUCUACCUCACUCAAGUCCCUCGCGUCAGAGUCCUCGUCAGCGGACACUUCAUCCGAGUCCAAGUCUGAUCGUCAGGAUUCGAUUGGCACCAGAAGUGCUCCCGCGGGAGACAUGGCCACUGCCGCCAAGAGCAUCGUAAACAGAACAUCGUCUCCGGCUAAAAGCGCAGAGCGGCUCGCUGCUGAGGAUCAGAAGUCGUCCAAGCUGAAACCUCCCGCCCUCAGCAAUAUUGCAUCCGAACAAACCAGCACCAUGUCGCCCCCUCCUGCCAAGAGACUGGCACUGUCUGCCAAGAAGGCCAGUCCCAGUCCCAGUCCCAGCCCCAGCCGGAGCCCGAGCAGCAGCAGCAGCAGCAACAACAACAGCAGUCGCAGCACUGAGGCUUCGUCCUCUUCAUUGCAUCAUCAGUCCCGUGACCCUUCGCAUUCAGCUCUACUUCACCCUCUGACCCCCACCUUACCUUCCCAAAACCACAGGAUUUCAUUCCACUCUGCCACGCAGCCUCAGCAUGUACCUCAUCUCUUUAAAAAUGCAAGUUUGCUUAAGGAGCCUUCCUCCUCCUCCUUUUCCUCCUCCUGCUCCCCCUUGACAAAUCCCACACUUUCUUCACCUGUCAGCAAGCUUCUGUCCUGCCCUGCCAGCAAAUGCGGACCAACCCAAAGCCAGAAAACCACAGAAUCGGCUACAGGACUUGCCGAUGGAUUCCCCAGUCCAUCCUUAAAGAAGAAGAAAAAGAAGCGGCGCCUUUCGGAAAUGGAAAAGCCCACUGCUGAGCUUCCUGCCAAAACGCAGCAGGUCGUACCAGAGCUCACAGCUGAAACGAAAAAGGUAAAAAAGCGCAAGAAAAGAAAACGAGAGGAGGAGACCCAGAGCGCAACAGUUCAAAAAGAAGGCGUGCGGUCCCACCUGGAGCCAUCAGGUCCGGAUGAAGACUGGAGCCUCGGAGAGACGUGGAGAAUAAACGCAGACGGAAGUUCAAAAAGGCCAAAACAGCAAGUGACGCCAGAGCCGAAACCACCUCAACCCCAAGAACAAAUUCAGCCAGUGUCGUGUGAGACUCCGGAAAGCCAUCCUGACCACACUGUUAAAAAGAAGAAGAAGAAGAAAAAGCACAAAGAAAAGCUGGACAUAAGCAUCAAGCAUGAGGUGUCUGAAAGAAAGACUAAGAUGACUCACCUACACACAGAGACACUGGAUGUGAUUGUCUCAAAGAAAAAAGCCAAGAAGAGCAAAAGAGAAGCACACCAGAGAGCGGCUGAGGAUGCUAAUGGAGACAAUGCUGGAGAUGAACCACUCAGUCAGACCGACCAUGCGGUGCUGGAGAAGACCUGCAAGCCCAGCACAGCUGCAGUGGUGGUGUGGGACAGCCAUGUACAGGACGGUUAUAAGCGCAGUAGAGACACUGCUGUUUCAGAGCAGGAGUCUGGGAAAGAGUCUCGUCCUUCUUCUGCAGCCUGGGACGGCAAGAAGAGCUCAAGUGUUGUGGAGGAACUGCUCAAGAACGCCGCCGAUAAAGCGUACGGAACCGAAGUCUUCGGUUGGGAUGGAGAGCGCUCGGUCAUCAGUAGAGAUGCCAUGCAGGAUGCACGUGAUGCCAAACACGACACAGUAAUUGACGAAUGGGAUGAAGAGUUUGACAGUGGAAAGGUAAAGAAGAUAAAGAAGUUUAAAAAAGAGAGGAGAAGAAGUUAUAACGUCUUCCAGAAGAUCCAGGAUCGGCGCAGCAUGUGGUCCGUCACACCGGGAGGAAGAAGGAACAGUUUGAGCCAUCGCUACUGACAAACUUGAAUUUGAGAUAAGGAUCCUGUUCAGAGUCAAACCGCCUCAUUGGAAAAGAAAAAGCUGCGUGUUCUCUCUGUGAACGGUCCAGAAAUGCACAAGGCUCACGUGGGAAGUGAAUAAAGCUAAGAGACCAAAGCCAUCUGCAUGGGCUGCAGUCCAGUAAAUUGGUUCUGGUUUUGAGCAGGGCGUGGCGUCAGGUUCAAACCGCCAUAAUAAACUGUUUUAGCCAAAUAUAACUGGAGUCCAUGAUGAAAUGCUGUACUGUAUCUUGCUGUGUCCAGGAAAGGAGGUAAAUAUUCCUUGGAAACUGA